AUGGAACAUCAAGGAAGAAGAACUCCAAAGAGCUCUUGCCAACACCUUCUUUGCAAGGAAAGCCACUGGACAAUCAAUGAAGGAGAAGUGAAGCUCCUUACCAUGGGAAUCAAGCCUAUCAUCUCACGAACUAGGGAUGGGAAGAAGAUCAGAGGAGACAGGGCACACGCAGGGAAUCUCAUGCCUCUCCUUGAGCAGCUCCAAGCCUACAAGGUCACAGCUUACAACACUAGGCACCAAAGAGGAAGAAAGCUUAGUGUUGGAGGGGUGAUCACACCAAUUCUUUGUGCAGCAGGAGUUCAAGUGGACAAGAGAAGGUCUACUCCAGCCAGGUUGGAUGGACAUCAAGUUUUGCAAGACCAACCUCCUCAUUGA